AUGUGGGGCACGGAAUUUUAUCAAGGCCUCUACAAACGAAGCGGACAGGCCCCAUCCGCUUCCCCCUCUGUCUCCUCCGCCCCCCCCUCUUCCCCCUGGCACACAACCAAAUACACUGAUGGGGACUACGGGGGAGGAAUGGGGGGAGAUGGGGCGGAGGGGUUUGGGGAAGGGGCGAGGGAAGGGGCGGCGGAUUUUGGCAGUAUUUGGGAGAGGCGGCUGCUGUACUGUGUGCCGGGCAUGGACAUGGAAGGCAGUACGGCUGGAGGAGCAUCAGUUGACCCCAAGAGACAGGCCACCACUGCAGUUACUAACAGCACAGCCACUGCCAACCCCACCAGCAGCAGCAACGCCCCCUCACACCCCAGCAACACUGCUCCUGGGGAGGAGGGCCGUCCGUUUGUGGAUCUGCACUUCCCUCUCGGCCCCUCUGCCUCUGCCUCCCACGGCCGCCCACUGCUGCCCUGCAUUGUCAAG